AUGGGCAUAUUCAGCGGGCAGAAUAGCGGUCUUGAUGCCCUCAUUAAUCGGCCUCGACCAGGGCUCUGGCAACAAUUCCUGGCCAAUCCGUGCACUUCCAUAGCACAGAAUGUAUACAUGUGGCGCGAGAGAAUCCCUGCGCAGCCGCUCAGCAACCCGGUGUCGAUCAUCUGCAUAUCCGACACACAUAACACCAAACCAAAAUGCGCAGACGGGGACAUCCUUAUCCAUGCCGGAGACUUGACACAGUCUGGCUCCUUCAAAGAGAUGCAGGAUGCCUUGGAUUGGCUAAAAGCACAAUCACACCCGACGAAGAUCGUCAUCGCUGGUAACCAUGACCUUCUUCUUGAUCGGUGUCAAGACCCAGUAUCCUCGAAAACAGAAACGACUGCAGAAGCAGAGCGGCAAAUGCUAGACUGGGGUGAUAUUAUCUACCUCGAGGAUUCAGAAACAACAGUUUUCUGUGCUAAUGGCCGUCGGCUGCGUAUUUACGGUAGCUCACAUUCACCGCAGCACGGUACGCCAGCGUUCCAGUUCCCACGCUCCGAGGACAUCUGGGCGAAUACUAUCCCCAAGGAUGUCGAUGUACUUGUGACGCACUGUCCACCGGCGGGACAUCUAGAUGGACUUCAGCUGGGCUGUGUCCAUCUUUUACGGGAAGUGUGGCGUGCGCGCCCUCGGGUUCAUGUAUUUGGGCACAUCCACGAGGGAAUGGGGACCGAGUGGGUGAAUUAUGAUGGGUUGCAAAGGAAAUAUGAGAAUGUUUCUCUAUCUGGAGGAGGAGUUUGGAAUCUUAUGUGUGUGCUCCUGGAGUUUAUCAAGGCGUCCUUGCGUCCGGAUGUUGAGGCGAAGGGGUUAUUUGUGAAUGCUUGCAUGGUUGGGGGACUGCGGGAUGAAGAACGUCGAGAUCCGAUUAAAGUGAUUAUUUAG